GAAUGAAUGUACCUGCGGUGUAUAUCUAAACCCGCUCUGCAUCGCCGUCAACUCUUUCUCUCACUCUCGCAGAUCGCACACAAGAAAGAAAGACCAGAAACCCUGCUACUGCCACCGCUCUAGCUAGGGUUUCAUUUCACCCUCUCUCAACAAUUACCUCAUGGAAUGCUGAUCAUCGCUCCACUCAACUCCGCCAAAUCGCAUCGGAGCCAAUUCCUCGGCAUAUGACAUGAAACCUCUUUUUCUGCUCUCUCUGCUGCUUCUCCACCACCACGCCGCCUUCGUCCUCUCCGAUGAUUCCAACACCAAAAACACCUUCCGCCAGCGUGAAGCCUCCGACGAUUCCCUCGGAUACCCCGAAAUAGAUGAGGAUGCACUUGUGAAUUCGAAGUGCCCUAAGAAUUUGGAGCUCAGAUGGCAAACGGAAGUUAGUUCCAGCAUCUAUGCGAACCCCUUGAUUGCUGAUAUUAAUGGUGAUGGGAAGCUUGAGAUUGUGGUUCCGUCUUUUGUUCACUAUCUUGAGGUGCUAGAAGGUGCUGAUGGGGACAAAAUGCCAGGCUGGCCUGCUUUCCACCAAUCAACUGUCCAUGCUAGUCCUCUUCUAUAUGACAUUGACAAAGAUGGAGUGAGAGAAAUAGCUUUGGCAAACUAUAAUGGCGAAGUCCUGUUUUUCAGGGUUUCGGGCUAUAUGAUGUCAGAUAAGCUGGAGGUCCCACGUAGGAAGGUGCGGAAAAAUUGGUUUGUGGGCUUGAAUCCUGACCCAGUGGACCGUUCUCAUCCAGAUGUUCAUGAUGAACAACUUGUCCAAGAUGCUACUAUCAAGAAUUCUAUGUAUCAAAUGAAUGCAAGUAGACAAGAAGCCAAAUCUUCAGCUGCCACAUCAACAGAAAAUCACCCUGACAUAAAAAAAUUGUCUAAUCCUGAGCCAGAAAAGAAAUUAAAUGGAAGUCAAGUAGACACGAGUGUUAAGGUGUCUAAUCUGGAGCCAGAAAAGAAACUAAAUGGAAGUCAAGUAGAUGAGAGUAUUAAGGUGCCUAAUCCUGAGCCAGAAAAGAAACUAAAUGAAAGUCAAGUGGAUGACAGUAUUAAGGUGCCAACAAUUGGUGAUAAUUCCACUGCAAAUGCUGGGUCUUCGAAAACUGUUAAUGCAGAUAAUAAAAACAACACUGGUAGACGUCUUUUGGAAGAUAACAAUCACAAAGGUGCAGAGCAAGAUGGUUCUGAAUCCAAAAAUAAUGAAGGUAUUCAUGCUGCAACUGUGGAAAAUGAGGAAGGCCUGGAAGCAGAUGCUGAUUCAUCUUUUGAGUUAUUCCGUAAUAGUGAAGAGCUGGCUGAUGAGUAUAGCUAUGAUUAUGAUGAUUAUGUUGAUGAAUCAAUGUGGGGUGAUGAAGAAUGGACUGAAGUUCAACACGAAAAAUCAGAGGAUUAUGUCAAUGUUGACUCUCACAUCUUGUGCACUCCGGUUAUUGCAGAUAUAGACAAUGAUGGUGUUUCAGAAAUGAUUGUUGCUGUUUCUUAUUUCUUUGAUCAUGAGUAUUAUGACAACCAGGAGCAUCUCAAAGAAUUGGGUGAUAUUGACAUUGGGAAAUAUGUUGCUGGUAGUAUUGUUGUUUUUAAUCUGGAUACGAAACAAGUAAAAUGGACUGCAGAACUUGAUCUGAGUACAGAUACUGCGAACUUCCGAGCCUUCAUAUAUUCUUCCCCAACUGUUGUAGAUUUGGAUGGUGAUGGGAAUCUUGACAUUCUUGUUGGAACUUCAUAUGGAAUGUUUUAUGUGUUGGAUCAUCAUGGUAAGGUUAGGGAAAAGUUCCCUCGUGAAAUGGCCGAGAUUCAAGGGGCUGUUGUUGCAGCUGAUGUUAAUGAUGAUGGUAAAAUUGAACUAAUUACUGCUGAUACACAUGGAAAUGUUGCUGUAUGGACUCCAAAAGGAGAUUUGAUCUGGGAAAAACAUCUAAAGAGUCUUAUUCCACAGGGUCCAACUGUUGGUGAUGUUGAUGGGGAUGGCCAUACUGAGCUUGUUGUGCCAACACUCUCCGGGAAGAUUUAUGUUCUUGAUGGCAGGGAUGGGUCAUCCGUUGGACGGUAUCCAUAUCCAACUCAUGGAAGAAUAAUGAAUCAAGUUCUUCUAGUCGAUUUAAAUAAACACAAGGAGAAAAAGAAGGGAUUAACUAUUGUUACCACAUCAUUUGAUGGUUAUUUGUACCUCAUUGAUGGACCUACAGGAUGUGCUGAUGUUGUUGACAUUGGUGAAACUUCGUAUAGCAUGGUCUUAGCAGACAAUGUUGAUGGUGGGGAUGAUCUUGAUCUGAUUGUCACAACUAUGAAUGGCAAUGUCUUCUGCUUCUCAACCCCGUCACCUCAUCAUCCUCUGAAGGCAUGGAGAUUACCUGGUCAAGGAAGAAACAAUGUUGCAAAUCGGUACAAUCGUGAAGGGAUCUAUGUUACUCAUCCUUCUAGGGCAUUCCGUGAUGAGGAAGGCAAGAGCUUUUGGGUGGAGAUUGAGAUUGUAGAUAAUUACAGAUACCCAUCUGGGCAUCAAGGACCAUACAAAGUCACUACUUCCUUGCUAGUACCUGGUAAUUACCAAGGUGAGAGAACGAUAAAGCAGAACCAUACCUAUGAUCAACCUGGUAAAUAUCGAAUAAAGCUGCCAACAGUGUCGGUAAGGACGACGGGAACAGUUUUGGUUGAGAUGGUUGACAAAAAUGGACUGUAUUUCUCUGAUGAUUUCUCCCUGACAUUCCAUAUGCACUACUAUAAACUGUUGAAGUGGCUUCUUGUUCUUCCGAUGCUUGGGAUGUUUGGUGUGCUUGUUAUCCUUCGCCCACAAGGUUCAAUGCCAUUGCCAUCAUUUUCAAGGAACAUUGAUUAAUGAUUACUUUGUUUCAUACACUAGUCAUCAUUCAGUUCAGAAAAUGUGAAUAUUUUAUGUCAAAUUGAAUAGAAUCUGUUAUGGUGAGUGCCUUGGGUGCUGCGGUGAGCUUUGAUCACGGAGUUGAAGCAAUCUUUUACAAGCUGAAGAAUCAGUUCAGCUAAGUUGAGGUUUACUUUAGAGAUAGUUGAAGAUUGCAAGAGUGAAUGAUAUCUUAAUGGCGGGAUUUUGCCCUUAAUGUUGUAGUGUAGUGUAAUCUGAUACUGAAAUGUUUAACUGAGCUACAUAUACUUUUUUCCAUCUUUGAAACAAACUAGAUAUUUAUAAUUAAUACACAGUUUUCUCCGAGUUUGAGCUUUUCCA